AUGGAGACCGAAUCGCCUGCGGAGAAGGUUGAGGAGGCGAGUUCGCAAGGAGGCAAGAAGAAAAAAACGAGAGACUCCGCGUACAGGAGGCAGCGGCAAGAGGCGCGCAGACUCGCGCGAGAGCCGGGAGAGGGAAAGCCGGAAGACGGAGCAUGCCGAGAAACGGAAAAAAGAGGAGGCGAGGGAAAGCGCGCGGAUGGACAGGCGUGCAAAGACAAGCAAAGCGCGGGGAGGCAGCUGAAAGAGUUUAAUAGCGGAGAAGAACGCGCAGGUACUGAGUCAGCCGCGGAGGUUGACAGGAAGAAGAAGGCGAACCGAGAGAAGGAGAAUGACAAGGAGAGAAACGAGAGACGUCAGGAGGAGGGAGAAACGGCAGAGGACAGAGAGGAAGAACAGCGCUCUGGAAGGAAGAGAAAGCGGAGACGGAAAAGGAAACACCAAAGCGAAGAGUACAUGCAUGACAACGAGGAGGAAGGCGAGAACGACGAGGGCGACGAACAGGAGGAAGAGAAAAACAAAGGGGACCGAGAACUCGAAGGGGGGGAACGGCAAGCGAAAGCACAGACAAAGAAGAGGAAGGCAAAAAGGCACACAGAGGAGAAGUCUCGCGCUCGAGAAGAGGCAGAGACAGGAGACAACGAGAGAGAAGAAGCCAUCGGACAGACGUUCACUUCAAGAACCAGUGAAAAUACAGAGAUUGCUUCCUCCUCUUCUUCGUCUGCUUCUCCCUCUUCUUCUUCGUCUGCCUCUUCUUCGUCGUCUUCUGCUGAGACGGGAGAAGGGGAGACAACGCGUCCAGAAUUUACGAAGCGUUACUGCGUUGUCGCCCAGCAGCGCGAAGGUGACGAGGAACGCGAGAGAGAGAGGAGCGCGGAAGUUCUUCGAUCUCUUCAUCCAUGCGUUCUGGAGACGCUUCGACGCCGGGAUAUCCGCAGCCUCUUUCCAGUCCAACGCACCGUCGUCAACUUUCUCACCCGGUGUAUCGACAAACCAUACGACCCUCAAAACUGCGACCUCUGCGUUUCCGCGCCCACAGGCGAGGGAAAAACGUUCUGCUACGUCCUCCCCAUUGUCAGUUUUCUUCUUGCAUCCGUAGCUCAGACAACGCGCUGCGUCGUGCUCGUCCCCACUCGCGAGCUGGCGGUGCAGGUCGCUGAGGAGUUCCGUCGCUUCCGUCACGGCCACUCUUCUCCCUUCGUCUCUUCGUCUUCUCGGACCGUAUGUCGGACGCGCGCGCUGACGCCAGACGCCGACGAAGCAAACGAAGACGAAGAAGAAGGAGACAGCGCGCCUCGCGAAUGCAGGCGAAAGCGAAAGCAUUCGGGAGAGGAGGCGGAGGCUGAAGCCUCAUGCUGCGCUCGUUCCGCGGAGAAUCACACGAUCGAAGGAGUCGUUUUCUGUCGUGAGAUCUCCGUCGCGUGUCUCGUUGGUGAGCUGUCUGUACACCGCAACAAGCGAGACAAAGCGGCAGGGCUUGCUCACGUUUCGACAGGCAGAGCUUCUCUCUUCGCUUCGCCGACAGCGCCGUCGGUGCUGUCGGCCUUUCUUGGGUCGCCGCGGCGUUCUGAAGUCUCUGCGGUUUGCGGCGACACUGCAGCUACAUCCACCGCGCCCCCCGACGUCGUUGUAUGUACACCGGGAAAGUUCACGGAGCUGGUCUGGAAGGCGACGCGACGACGGAGGACAGCCUUCGCUGAUGCGGUUCGUGGAGAAGGCGGUGUCCUCCUUGAAGAUGACGACACUACCGCCGACGACGAGAUGGGUGUUAGCCUCGAGGACGUUCGGUGGCUGGUGAUUGACGAAGCUGAUAGACUUGUCCGGCAGCCGUACCACGAUUGGAUGAAGGCAGUCGCGGCGCUUCAGCAUCUUCGUCUAGAAUCGUGUCGUGGAUAUGAGCCUUCGUUUGCGCGGACUUCUGGGGAAGCCUUGCCUGUCGUCUCCGCCUUCGCUUCACCGUUUGUCGCCUCCUCCUCCCUGCCGCUCCAGAAACUCACUUUCUCUGCGACAAUGACGAAAAAUCCGAAGUCGCUUGCGCUGCUGAAUCUGACGCGUCCACUCUUUGUUCUCUCCUCUCCCAGCGGGCACUACGCGAUGCCGCAAUCUCUGGCGCAGCGAUACGUCGUCUGCGACUCCGAAGACAAGCCGCUCUGCCUCCUGCUCCUCUUGCUGCACCUCCUGCAGCAUCUGCGAGGAGACGCGAGCGGCGCGAGAGAAGAGAAGAGGCGCGCGAAGAAAUCGUGUCUAGCAGAGACAGAGACAACCGCCGAUGAGGAGGACGAAGGGACGAAGGAAGCAGAGGAAAACAAGAAACAAGGAGAAGAAGAGGAAGACAAGACAGACGAAGACGAAGGAGAAGAUGAUACGGAUGAGAGUGAAGACGAAACAGAGGAGGUGGAACAUGAACGAAAAGAGGAGAAGGAGGAGACGAACGGCAAGGCUAGACAAAAUGGAGGUUCAGGAAAAAGGAAGAAAGCCAAGGUGCUGAUCUUCUGUAGCAGCAGAGAUGCAACGCAUCGUCUGACACGACUGCUUCAGCUGUACUUUGAGCGCCCAGCCAGCAGCCGAGUCCUCCCCAGCGGCUUGUCGCGCUUGACGGUUUUCUCUGCCGCCGCCACUUGCCCUCCUGCCCGAGGCUCUGCUGACAGCGUCGGCCGCGACGCGCCCGCGCGUCUGUGCGGAGACGCUUUUCGAGAGGAAGGAGAAGAAGAAGACACGAGGAGAGAAAGCGCAGGAGACGCGCAGGAAGGAGAGGCAUUUUGCUCUCUCCGCGUUCGAGAGAUGUCGAGCAGCUUGAGUCAGCGCGAUCGAGUGAAGCUCAUCAACAGCUUCAAGAGCGGAGUCGUAGAGGUCCUGGUGUGCAGCGACUUGGCAGCGCGAGGCCUUGACGUCGAAGGAGUCGAUGCCGUUUUCCACUACGACGCGCCUCAGCAUGUUCAGGCCUAUGUCCAUCGAUCUGGACGCUCUGCGCGGGCUGGAGCAUGGGGCGUGACGGUGACGCUCGUCUGUCCGCAGCAAAUGAGAGCUUUCCGCGAGAUGAUCAAAAGGAAAAAUCCUCACCUGUGGAAGAGUCUGCAGGAGCUUCGCCUCGACCUCUGCAAAAGAAGCGACUCGGCCUUUCAAGACGCAUACGCCGAAUUGCUGCGUUUGCUCAGCAUCUGCCUCGCGGAGGAAGCGAAGGGGAAACUAGACGCGCGUCGUCCUCUUCCUGCUCAUCUCCUUUCUUCGCAGUCCUUCUCAUGA